AUGACGACAGCCCCCUCUAACCCCCGACACGCUCCAAUCAUCAAGCUUCCUCAACACGUUUCUAAACUGACGCCAAAUGUGGCAGUCCGCAUUUGUGUCUGCGGUGAUGAAGGCACUGGCAAGUCGAGCCUCAUCGCCUCCCUGGUCAAGGACCAGUUCAUCAACAACAAGAUUCAGUCUGUCCUGCCGCAAAUCACCAUCCCGCCCAGCAUCGGAACGCCAGAAAACGUCACAACCACAGUCGUCGACACCUCGGCCCGCCCCCAAGAUCGCACAACCUUGCGAAAGGAGAUUCGAAAAUGCAACGUCAUUCUCCUCAUAUACUCGGACCACUACAGCUAUGAGCGCGUGGCUCUUUUCUGGAUGCCAUACUUCCGCUCAUUGGGCGUCAACGUCCCUGUUGUGCUCUGCGCCAACAAGUCUGACCUUGCUGGCCAAGCCAACACGCCGCAAGUAGUCGAGGAAGAGCUUCUGCCAGUCAUGUCAGAGUUCCGCGAAAUCGACUCCUGUAUUCGAACCAGCGCCCGCGAGCAUCGCAACGUCAACGAAGUCUUCUUCCUGUGCCAAAAAGCCGUCACACACCCCAUCGCCCCUCUGUUUGACUACAAAGAAGGGAAGCUCAAGCCCGCUUGUGUGGCUGCCCUGAAGAGGAUCUUCUUCCUAUGUGAUAAAGACCAGGACGGGUACCUCAACACCCACGAAAUGCGAGAGUUUCAGCAAAAAUGCUUCGACAAGCCGCUGACCGACGACGAUCUCGAAAAUAUCAAGCUCUCCAUCUCGAAGUCGUUGCCCGAUGUAAAUUUGGAACCCGGUAUCGACCUGCAAGGCUUCCUGCAGCUCAACAAGCUCUAUGCAGAAAAGGGUCGCCACGAAACAAUCUGGAUCAUCCUACGUGAAUACCACUACACCGACAGCCUGAGUUUAGAAGACAAAUUUCUGCACCCCAAGUUUGAAGUCCCCGAAUUUUCUUCGGCCGAGCUAAGUCCCGCUGGGUACCGCUUCUUCGUCGACCUGUUUCUGCUCUUUGAUAAGGAUAACGACGGUGGCUUGAACGAUGAAGAGCUGGAAGCACUGUUUGCUCCCACGCCAGGUCUUCCCCCGUCUUGGAUCGAUUCAUCCUUCCCAUCGAGUACUGUACGGAACGAAGCUGGCCACAUCACUCUGCAAGGUUGGUUGGCGCAAUGGAGUAUGACCACGUUUUUGGAACCGCACACGACAAUAUCCUACUUGGCGUACCUUGGCUUCGAACCCGCAAGUCCUAAGGACUCCAUCACGGCAGCGCUCAAAAUCACGAAAUCGCGCAAGAGGAGACGUCGCCCAGGCCGCGUCGAGCGAAAUGUCGUUCUGUGUUACUUGAUCGGAGCCCCCGGCGCUGGAAAGUCGUCACUCCUAGAUGCAUUCCUGAAUCGCCCAUUCGAUGGCCUAUACCGUCCAACCAUCAAGCCACGACGCACCGUAAACAGCGUCGAAUUACCCGGAGGAAAGCAGGUGUACAUGAUCUUCGAAGAGCUUGGCGAGUUGGAACCGGCAAUCCUGGAAAACCAGUCUAAGCUGGAUGCUUGCGAUCUUGUCUGCUACGCCUACGAUUCCUCGGAUCCGGAUUCAUUCUCGCAUAUCGUAGAUAUGCGAAAGAAGCACCCCUACCUCGACGAGCUCCCUUCGGUGUACACGGCCCUGAAGGCCGACAAAGACAAGACGACACAACGUAGCGAGCUGCAACCUGACCAGUACACUGCUGCCAUCAACAUGAGCACCCCACUCCAUGUGAGCGUCACAUGGAAUAGCAUCACUGAGCUAUUUGUCGCCGUCGCCGAGGUGGCCACGAACCCGAGCACAGGCUUUCCCAAGAGUGAGGAGGAGGCCCCUGACCGCAGCGGGCUGUAUAUUGCUCUGGGAGCCACGGCGUGUGCCGUCAUUGCUGCAGCCAUGAUCUGGCGCCGAUCCACCAACUCUGCGUAG